AUGCCAUAUCGCAAGAACUCCCUCGAAGAACGCCAAAGGGUCCUGACGGCGGCCAAGCACUUCGAAGACUGGGCCCUCACUGCCAAACUCAACGGCGUGCCGUAUCCAACGGCUUGGAGAUGGGUAACAGAGGCGCGGAAGACGAACCACUGGACGGCGCUGAAGGUCAAGUUUGACGUCGAUUUUUCGACUCAGACUGUGCGUAAUGCCCUCGACGCCGUUUGCUUCACGCUCAAGAAGACCCAUGCCGAGCCCGCAGCGAUGAAUACCGAUAGGGUCAAGGCGCUUCGUCGGGAGUAUGUCGCAAAGAUUAUCAAGGCCCAGGCUCAACGCAAGCGCAUUCUGUACUUCGACGAAACAAAUUUUAAUUUGUUCUGCACACGCACGUAUGGAUGGAGUCGCCGUGGAAGCCGUGCUGUCGUCGUCCGGUCUGGACCCCGCGGAGAAAACCUCAGCGUGAUCGCGUGCAUUUCUGCUCACGGUUUGGAGCAUGUCGAGUAUCGGCUUCUCGACGGACUCAUGGAUGCUGGCGUCUCCAUGAUCGACUGCGUGGUCGUGUGCGACAACGCUUCGAUCCACACCAACGUCGAAGACAUUCUACACCGCGCAGAGUACGCGGGAUCGCCGAUGUUGAAUCCGAUUAAAAACGUUUUCUCCGUUUUCAAGUCGGAGGUGAAGGCGUAUCUCUCGGCCGAGCGCGACGCGAUUCUGCGUGCUCCUCCUGGACAAACGAAGUCGGCGCAUCGGGCCGAAUAUCUACUGCGGGCGGUGAGGCAAAAUAUGUGCGUCAAAGUAACCUCCGAUCUGUGUGACAGCGAAGCUGCCCACACACUGUCUUUCCAUCCUGCUGCUUUGGUCGCAGACGACAUGCCAGUCGGGGUUUAA